AUUUUCAAUUAAAUCAUGAGUUGGUUACAUUGCAAUAAGUGUGGUGGUCAAAAAUCCUCAAGUAACACUGUGAAAUUUUUCUGUGGAUCUUGUUGUCAUGUGCUUUGUGACAAAUGCAAUAAAAUUUUAAAACUUUGUCCAAUCGACAACCGCCCUUUCAAUGGUGUCGAAAUAAAUGCAUCGAUGCCACAAAAAAUGCGCAUCUACUUUGAAGACCCAGAUAAAUUGCUUACGAAUUAUCAAAAAGUCGUAAGAUUUCAGUGUGAACAACGUGAUUCGAUUGAGUCGUUUGAAUUUCUAAAUACUGAAGAUAUACAAAAAUUAAAGGAUGAAAUAGCUCUAUUAACCAAAUAUAAGGAAAGAACAAUUAAGAGCAAUGAAAAGUAUGAGAAGUCUAUUGCCCAAAUGAAAGCUUACUUUAAGCAUCUAGAUCGGAAGGAAUCAGAUCAGUCUGUUCAUUCGGUAUCAUUGAAUACAACAGCUUUAACUUCUGCAAUGAGUCUCAAUAAUUCAAGUCUUCAAGAGGAUUCAGGUGUCAAUCUGGAUUCUCAAAGUUUCAACAGAGCUGAUGGGACACUAUAAUUUUCUAUU